CUUUGGCGACAUCGUCAAGACCGGAAUAAAUGUUUCAACAGAUUAAUGAAGUUUGGAUCAGAACGCGUCUACAGAGAGCUGGACACGGUGCCGCCGUUCAGUCUUGCAGCCAUCUUUAGCCAUCCUAGUGGCCACUCGCGGUAUCGCAGCGAAAAAAAAAACCCUGUGGCUUCGCUUGCUUGUGUUCACGGUUCUCGGAGUGUUUAAAAAGGACAUCCGAUUUUAAGUUUGUGAAUCAAUCGCUACAUCUUUAGCAGACAUGUCGGGCUGCAGGCUGAUGAGAGCCAUCAGUGUGAGUGAGUUCGGAGGUCCGUCGGUCCUCAGACUCUGCUCAAAUGUGACUGUUCCACAGCUUGGACGCAGACAGGUUUUGAUCCGUGUCCAUGCCUGUGGAGUGAACCCAGUGGAAGCUUACAUUCGUGCUGGGACGUAUGCCCGUAAACCCACUCUGCCCUACACACCGGGCACUGAUGUAGCUGGGGUGGUGGAAACUGUUGGAGAGGGAGUUGUUGCAGUAAAGGCAGGAGAUCGAGUUUUCACCACAGCAACAGAGUCUGGAGGUUAUGCAGAGUUCACUGUAGCAGCUGAAGACUGUGUCCACAAACUGCCUGAGGCUUUAGAUUUCACACAGGGAGCAGCCAUCGGGAUCCCUUACUUCACUGCCUACAGAGCUCUGGUUCACAAAGCCCAGUCCAAGGCUGGAGAGACUGUACUCAUCCAUGGAGCCAGUGGAGGGGUGGGUGUGGCAGCAUGCCAGUUGUCCCGUGCUCUGGGACUCAGGGUGUUUGGAACAGCAGGGACACCAGAGGGCAUGAACCUGGUUCUCAACAAUGGAGCUCACAUGGCCUUUAAUCACAGAGAAGAGGGCUACACUAAUAAAAUCAUGGAAGCCACAGACGGCAAAGGCAUAGGUGUGAUACUGGAGAUGCUGUCAAAUGUCAACCUGAGUAAAGACCUCCAGAUGCUGGCCUACGGAGGACGUGUUACGAUUGUUGGCUCCAGGGGCCCCAUAGAGAUCAACCCCAGAGACAUCAUGGCUAAAGAGAGCAGCAUCAUGGGAGUGGCUCUUUUCUUUGCCACACCGGAGGAGAAAAAGGAGUGUGCAGCAUUGCUCUACGCAGGGAUGGAAACUGGUUGGCUGCGUCCAGUCGUCGGUUCCCAGUAUCCACUUGACAAGGCUGCCCAGGCCCAUCAUGACAUUAUUGAGUCCCCUGGGGCUGCUGGAAAGAUAGUCUUGACCAUGUGAUGACACAACUGUAUCACAAGUUGAAGCUCACCAAGUAGGGUUCAGACGGGGAGACUGUUAACAGGCUGCUACAACAAGCAAAAUAUUAAUAAUAUGGUUGCAUUUAAGUUUAAGUGUUGCUGAAAAUGACCUUUUUACUAAAAUACAAACAAGCUUACUGAUGUUCAGUGUUGUUCCUCAAAUUGAAAAAGGCAAUGACAGUAAUAUUAACUUUAUAUGACAGGCACUAUGACUAUCUGUAUUUCAUCAUUCAUUUUAGUAAAUCAUGCUUACAAGGAAUGAUGUAAAAAGUUUCAGAGUCACUGUUGUAUUCUCCACUUAUUCAGCUUGAUCUGAUCACUUUGUUUUUACAGUACAAGACUAGCUGGCCUGGUUACUUUGGCUACCUAUGUAAGUUUUAUGAAAUUUGCCAUGUUCAUUGUAGUAAACCCUCAAGUCUCCCUGAGCCACUUAGCUCUGUGGGCUGUGAUGACAUAUACUUAUAUCAAUGUCUGUACCUUUAUGUGGACAAACUGAUUCCUUUCUUGGUAACUUUAGUGCUGUAUUGCUGGAGUAGGACAACAAAUACUUAGCUUUAUGUUUAGCUGUAAUAUAUGUUUUUAGAAUAACAAUGUGAAAGGGUCUGCUCAUAGUGAUGAACCUACAGAUAAUUAUUACCUGACUCUGCAGUUGCAGCUCAUUGUUUAUCUCUGUCCCGCAACUUUACUGUUCUGUUUCAGUCUCUCACUGCUCUUAUAGGAGCAGAAAAUAUUAAACCUGUAGUACACUACCUGCUCAGCUUGUUAACGCUAAUGUGUUAGCAAAUAACAAUUGCUUAUUUACUCAUCCAGCAGACACAGUGUCCAUCUGAUGGACUACAAGUUCAGAUUCACUCUGAUUAAAGCUCUGUUUUGGUGUCCAACUACUUCAGAGAAAAAUGUCUGGCUCUUCAGCUGAUAAAUGUUCCACACCAGCUAGUUGCUAACAGUCUGGCUGUUGUUUGGUGCUGUGAAAGUAGUCGCCUGGAAAUGAGGUUAGUGAGGACAGAGUUUGUAGUUAUCCAAAAUAAAUAAAAAAUAUGGAGCUAAAAGAUGCUAAAAUGCUCUGUAGAGAAAGGGGUAACGGAAUAGUUGGUAACGAAUAUCUGUGGGUUCAUUGUUACUACAAGCAAUCCCCUCCACAUCACUAAUAGUCAUUUGUCCAUUGUUUAUAUAAAAUUGUGGUUACUGCAGCUUUAAGUGAAUGUUAAAGAAAAGGUAAAGGUACAUUGUGUCCUCAUUUGCUCAUUACAAUCAUCUUGAGACCAAAA